CUCUCUGUUUCUCUUUCUUUUUCAGUAAUGGAAGGCAGCACAAGAAGGCUCACUUUCAUUGAAGAAGACGAUGGUCUUGCUUCUCUUGCAGAUAUGGAAGCUGGGUUCUCAGGGAAUCAUCAUCACCCGCUCCUAAUGAGAUCGUCUGGCUUCAGUGUUUCAAUGAGAAGGGGUAGUUUAAAGGCUCUCUCUUCUCCUACUUAUUCAUCAACGAGGUCUCCGAGAUUCUAUGAGAAUAAUAAAUUCGAAGAGCCUCAUUUCCUUGAAGCUUGUUACCUCUGCAAGAAGCCUCUCCGUGAUAAUAGAGACAUCUUCAUGUACAGAGGAGAUACUCCAUUCUGUAGCGAGGAGUGCAGACAAGAUCAGAUAGAGAUGGAUGAAGCUAAGGAGAAAAACUGGAAUCUCUCAGCUGGUUCAAUGAAAGUUCUUAGGAAGGAACAGAAGAAAAGUUCUACUUCUCCAAGCAAAACCCAAAAUUACUCUGUCCGGACGGGCACCGUUGCUGCUGCUUGAAAGUUGAAACUACAGAAACGAAAU